AUGAGAAGAGAAAUCGCACAGGGUCACCAAUGUUCUGCCUUUUUGGACUUUGCCUGGCCAAGGAAACCAACAACCCACUACUUGUGGCUUUGGAUGAAGCCGUGGUUUUUAAAAUCAUACAUAACUUUCUUUGUUCAGGGCCUGGCUCUUGAGGGAUUAUGGGAGUUGCCGAAGAAUACUAGGCUUAAUGAAGGUAUCACUGGUGGACUUGAUGAGGAGAAUAAUAACACCGCAGAUGAUUACAUUGACUUUGAAGAUGAACACAUCGACAAAAUAUCAGUAUAA